AUGCCGUCACACAUCAGCGUUGAGGGCGAGAAGCCAGUAUAUGAAAGAAUCACAUCUCAGCCUGAGAAUCCGUUCGCUACCCUCAUCCCGGACCAGCAAAUCGCCAUUAUUCCAUCCUUCACCCUCGAGUCUGGAGUGACUCUGCGAAAUGUACCUGUUGCCUACACCACGAGAGGCACUCUCAACCCGGAGGGCGACAAUGCCAUGGUCAUAUGCCACGCUCUCACUGGCAGCGCCGAUGUGAGCGACUGGUGGGGCCCUCUGCUGGGCCGGGCAGGGAGAGCCUUCGACGUAACUCGCUUCUUCAUCGUAUGCAUGAACAGCCUGGGGAGCCCAUACGGAACCGCCAGUCCCGUCACCGCCAAAGACGGAGAUGCCUCCAAGGGCAACUACGGACCAGAAUUUCCCCUCACCACCAUCAGGGAUGAUGUCAGACUUCACAAGUUGCUCCUAGAUGAAUUGGGCGUCAAGCAGGUGGCAGCCGUGAUCGGCGGCUCCCUCGGUGGCAUGUUUGUGUUGGAAUGGGCCUACCUCGGCAAGGAGUAUGUGCGGUGCGUCGUCCCCAUCGCCACCUCGAGCCGACACAGCGCCUGGGGCAUCAGCUGGGGGGAAGCCCAACGGCAGUCCAUCUACGCCGACCCCAAGUAUGAAGACGGGUAUUAUUCCUAUGAGGACCCACCCGUCACCGGUCUCGGAGCCGCGCGCAUGGCCGCCUUGCUGACGUACCGGAGCCGAAACUCGUUCGAGGCACGAUUCGGCCGCAACACCCCGGAUCCCUCCAAGCGGCAGGCCAUCCGCGAGAGGCCGGACCCCACCACCCCGUCCGAAGCCCAUUUCCACAUCCACAAUGACGGGCACAAAUGGAAGCGAUCCCCGCCCCGGACCAACAGCCAGAGCGAAAAUAUCCCGCUUUCGCCUUCUUCCAACAAUGGGAAAAGCAGGGCAGACAAGGCUGCAGAGGCGGAAGAGGCAGCCCCUGACCCUCAGUUUCACGGCCCAGCCAAGGAGAGCUUGACUGGAGGAGAGGUUAUGCCCGCGCAAUCCACUUACUUUUCCGCGCAGUCGUACCUCCGCUACCAGGGACAGAAGUUCGUCAAGCGCUUCGACAGCAACUGUUACAUCGCCAUGACCCGCAAGCUGGACACCCACGACGUGAGCCGCGACCGCGCCCCGACCGUUGCCGAGGCGCUGGCUUUGAUUCAGCAACCUACUCUUGUUUUGGGUAUCGAGAGCGACGGGUUGUUUACUUUUGCGGAGCAGGAAGAGCUGGCGGCACAUAUUCCUGAUGCGAGAUUGGAGAGGAUAGACAGCCCGGAGGGGCACGAUGCUUUCCUGUUGCAGUUUGAGCAGGUGAAUCGGUAUAUUCUUGGCUUUUUGAAGGAGGUGCUCCCAGAUAUUAUGGAGAAGGAUGUGGGUGAUCAGGGAGUGGAGGAGGAAGGGGUUGGAGUUGUGACCAAGAGCAGCACGUUUGGGGAGGCAGAGGUGGGGGAUAUCACUGCUUGGUAG